GUGAAACAAAAAUAUGGCGUACAAAAGAUGAAAAAUGGCGAGAAGGUUGUAUGGCUGUUGCUGCGACUGGUGGUGGAGGUCGUGCUGGGUUUUGGGGUGUUAUCACAUGGAAAGGAGCGGGUUGUUUCAGGAUUUAUACUGAAAAUACGAAUAGUGAAGUCUAUUGCAACAUCUUAGACAAUUAUUUAGUUCCAACUGUCCAAAUGUACGGUUUCGAAAAUGAUUUUAUGCUUCAACAUGAUAAUGCGGGUUAUCACACAUCCAAUAAAACUCAAGAAAAAUUACAAGAAUUAAAUGUUAAAGUACUCCAAUGGCCAGCGAAAUCACCGGAUCUCAACCCCGUGGAACAAUUGUGGUCGAUUAUCGAUAAUAAAUUGAAAUCGAGGCGAAUGUCUUCGAUUAAAGAAUUAAUCGAUGGUCUAUCUGCCGAAUGGUUGAAUAUAACACCAGAGUUGUGUGAAAAAAUUGUAUUUUCAAUGCCACAACGGAUACAGAAUUUUGGUGUCGAAUUUCCAGAUUUGAAUUCUUAA